AUGGUCGACUCGACGCCGCAGAAGCGAAUGUUGCCGGCACGAGAGCGUCGAGAUGGUGCGGCCAAGAGGAGAGUAUCCUCACCCGGACAGAACGCGGCGUCAGCCACUCCAAACACUCGAAAACAGUCCACUCCGACUCAAGCUGCGGAACCUCGUCAGAAACGCAAAUAUACCAAACGUGCCAGUCUCGUGAGAGUUCAAACUCCUGCUUCCCGCUCAUCACCAUCUACUCCCGCUGCGGAAGAAGCCUUGCCUACUCGACUCGUUGCCAACAAGCCUCUGCCCACCCUCAAAAACAAGCAGCCGUCCGACUUGCCUCUCAAUGAUUACCAGUCUAUCGCGGAGAGUGCCGUACUCUCGGCAUCACUUCAUCGAUCGCGAAUGCAAUGGUUGUGUGAAGGUAUCUUCCAGAAGUACUGGGUCAAACCUAGCAAGAGAAAGGGCGUUGUUGAAGCUCCUCCAAACAACCCAGACGUCAAAUCAAUGCAGAAGCUAGGGAGUGCGACUAUUACUAUCGAGCCUCAUACCUUUGAUGCAAUUUUCUACACUGUUCGUGAUCCAUCGACCCCUCAACCUUAUCAUCGGCAUGCCAACCAGCACACCACGAAGAACAAGAUUCCACCCCCACCCCCCUAUGGGGUGUAUCAUUCUCCAAGCCCCUUUCAUCGUCCCGGGCCACAUGUACCAACUCCGCCUCCGACUGCGCAUCAAGCAGUGGGAGCCCAAACAAUCGCACCAGGUCCUUCGAGUCACACGAAGGCGCCUUUGCAGCCAACUCCUCGUCAAUUUAGCCCAGUUUCUCAGCCUCCUUCUUCUCAGCCUGUAUCUAUCCAAAAUGACCCCUCUACUGCUUCUAUCAAGCAAGAGGAGACCCGUCUACCGAAGACCGUUCCACUCCGUCAGUCGACCUCGGUUGCGCCGACGGUGUCUCGGACUCCCUCUGCCGUCACCUCUCCGCUUGGACCCCAGCCACCCGGGCCGAGUCAGAGAUCGAGCCAGCCGCCAGGAGGAAAAGGAAGCACUACCGACCCAGUCAUUCAAAUGCUAGCAGCACGUGCUGCAUCGGAUCCUCAAUUGAAGGAAUUGAUGAAAAUAGUGGCUACUUCGAAGGCAUCCGCGGAGCAGCUCAAAGAGUUUCAGGCUCAUAUUGACGAAUUCAACGAGGUGGUGAAAAGACAGGAGGCGGAGCGGAUCGCAAGAAGUGAAGAGCGGCCACGUAUUGGAGUACCGAACCCUCUAGGGCCUGCACCUUUAGAAGGGGACAAGGAAUUGAAAAUUGAAGCUGCGCCAACAACACCCGCGCAGAUUCCAAAGCCGCCGCCUGAGCCGCCUGCAGCACCUACAUCAGCCAGCAUUCCAGCCCAGGCUCCACCAUAUCAACCCCCUCCUUCACCGGCACCAGGGGCUCUGCCUGGAGUCAUACACCCCUUUCCACAUCCACAGCGGCCUCCCGUACCUGUCGGCCCGCCAGGCGGAUUCUUGGGCUACCCACCUCCACCCCGACCAGAGCCCGUUAUCAAGCACAUCGUACUGGAAUUGACAAGUACACCAUCGAGCAGCCAGUCCGCAUGUCAAGAUCGAUGGCUUUUCCCAGAACAUGCCGUUUUGGAAAUCCGCUAUGGGGGUCUCGAAAUGAUCUGUUCGUUUCUAGUGGAACGUAAGGGCUCCGAAAUACUGUCACGUCAAGGGGUGGGAUCCGCUGAAGAGAAUAGCGCUGUGCACAUGAAAUGGAAGGAGGAACAGGGAUAUUAUCAACCAGUGACGAUGACGGUCAAAGCAGUGCACCAUCGUACAAUCGAGACCAUCGCUCGGGCUGCCAAACCACUCCCAGUCGUGCAAGGCUACAUGAAGGAAAUUAUGGAGAAGCAGCAACGGGCUCCAGUGGAAUAUUUGGCAUACCAGCUGCCACGAGAAAGGAGCCUAGCUGUGAUAGAACCAGAGGCGACUGCAUUUGUGGAUAGUGGCGUCGAACUUGGCAGUGAGUCUUGCUCAGAGGACGACGAAUUGAAGGAGGUGUAUGUAUUAUGA